AUGGAAUUUGUUUCUCUACCAAAAGCACAGCCAAGGGACCCUUUACAACUCACCCAGUAUAAAGCUGUUGAUGACACAAACGUGACCACGCUGUCCAUCAAUGUAGAGUUUGACCAAGUCAGUCUUUUGUCCUGCGCCUCACGUUGUUCAAGUUCCAACAAAACGUGCUACAGCUACAUCUACAACAAAACCACAAGACAUUGUAGUUUGGGUACCGGUUCCUGGCUAGUCCCAUUAAAAACUUCACAACAAAAAGUUCAGGGAAAAAUUUUCUCUAGCGGGAAGUUCUGUAACACAACCAGAAACAUCAGAGUCCUGUCUAAUGGUUCAAUCUCUGAUAGAGACUUAGAUUUUUGUACAGGUCAAACACCGCGGCAGAUAUCGUGUGUAGGAAUAUCAAGACAGGAUCCCCGUUCUGUGGUAACCCUAAGCUCUGGACUUCAAGUCAUGAUAGACGAUCAGACAGACGGUGGAGGAUGGACCAUUUUCCAAAGACGUGUUUCUGGGACUGUAGAUUUUUACAGGAACUGGACAGAAUACAAAAAUGGUUUCGGUGAUUUUAUUUCAGGUAAUUUUUACCUGGGUAAUGAGAACAUUUAUCUCUUAACGUCAGACCGUCAAACAGAACUGAGAGUGGAUAUGAUCUUUAACGGCACGAGUUAUUGCGCCCAAUACUCCAGCUUCAACAUUUCUAGCGAGGCAGACGGCUACAGGCUACAUGUUGGUGGCUACACAGGAGAUGUCAUCGACCAACUAGCCUACCACAAUGGUGCGAAAUUUUCAACAUAUGACCGGGAUAAUGACCAGUACCCCACUAACUGUGCCAAUUAUUGGCACGGGGCGUGGUGGUAUAUAAAUUGCUAUAACUGUAACCUAAAUGGCUUAUGGGGUGCAACAAACGAGUCUGGGAUCACCUGGGAACCGAUGAGUCAAGCAUCAUUUGUAGAAAUGAAACUUAGAGAUGUUUAA